AUUGAUAUUCAAUAUAUGCAUCAAUACGUCCACAAAUUUGCGUUCAACAUUUCCACCAAUACCAAUAUUUUAAACAUUGCGUAGAAGCAAUGGCUGAUGAGCUGAGUCCUGUAACCUGUAACAAAUACAAAACUACCACAGGCUGGUGUUUCUACCACAGUUUCUAAAUGUAACAAGAGAAUCUGCAAUGGGAUAACUUCAUUCUGUUGAGCCCCCAAAGUACUCAUAGCCCCUAAUGUUAUUACCUAAUUAUAUCCCUACGUGUCUUGAUCGUUAUCAAUAUGUCAUAAUUCCAACUCGAACUAUGUUUAUUUUCUUAAUUAGCAAAGUAAACUAAAGCAACUUUCAACAUUGAAUUGGUUAUUAAGUCGAACCUUUUAUUUAGUAAUCCAAUCUUAUUUAUUUUUGGCCAAAAAAAUGAAUUUUUAUUUUUCUGUUUAUUUGUUUUUUUUUUUGUUAAAGAAUAGAGGUCAGAAGGGCCAUAAAGUCAUUUCCAGACAUCUAUAAUCAAGGGAGAGUACCAAACUUAACUACCAACCUAGCCAAACUCGUUCCUUGCCACCCGGUGCCAAUAUUUCUCUCAUUUUUCUCCUCCCUGGAACUUGGUGGUGCACAUUAGCAUCUGCCAAAAGCGCCGGUGCAGUGUGCGCCUCUACCUCUACCUCUUCCUCUUCCUCUACCACCCCCUGUGGCCGGAAAAAAUGGGGGAGAGAACACCAUCCUCCGAAGACAUGGAGAAGGGGCGCGAAAAGAGACAAAAGUCUCGGCAUUCCAUGCCCCCGCCCCAUUUGUGCCCCCCUCCUCCAAAGCCAUGGGUGCCGUGGCUCAUGCCAAUCGUGUUUGUCGUCAAUGUUGCCAUGUUCAUGUACACAAUGUACGUCAAUGACUGUCCAACUACAGGGGAAAAGUGUCUUUUUCCUUUCUUGAAGAGGUUUUCUUUCCAACCCUUCAGAGAAAACCCUCUCCUUGGUCCUGCCGCACUUACUCUAAAGAAACUAGGAGCCCUUGAACUGCAACUAGUGGUGGAAGGGGGCGAAGGAUGGCGCCUCUUGUCUUGCAUGUGGCUUCAUGCUGGAGUCGUUCACUUGCUCUUCAACAUGCUGAGCCUUCUAUUCAUAGGAAUCCGGCUUGAGCAGGAAUUCGGAUUUAUCAGAAUAGGGUUCCUGUAUCUGCUUGCUGGAAUAGGAGGAAGUUUAGGAUCGACUCUACAUCGCAUGAGAACCGCAAGCCCGACUAUAUCUGUUGGUGCAUCUGGAGCACUUUUUGGAUUGCUGGGAGCCAUGCUUUCCGAGCUUCUAAUAAACUGGACAAUCUACGUGAAUAAGUGCACAGCGCUCCUGAUACUCAUGGUUGUCAUUGCCGUGAAUAUGGCUGUUGGGUUUAUACCUAAAGUGGACAGUUCAGCUCAUAUAGGAGGAUUCCUUGCAGGAUUUUUCCUUGGCUUUGUUAUUCUAGUUCGUCCACAGUAUGGUUAUAUAAGCAGCAGGCACCUUCCAUCAACCUACGAGGGAAGACGUAAAUCUAGGCACAAGUUCUAUCAGUAUGUGCUAGGGAUCACUGCUUUUGUUUUCUUAGUUCUUGGAUACACAUAUGGCUUUGGUAAGCUAUACGGUCCUCCGGCACUGAAAAAUCUACCUUAAGUUCUAGAAAUCAAACGAAUAAUCUAGAGAGCUCAACUGCCUACUCAAGAAUUGCAGGUAUAACACCACCACCUCUACAUGACGGAAAAACAAGGCACCAUAUACUAUACUUCCUUAUAUCAGAAAAAGAAAGACAUGCAUAUCUAAAGUGCAUCUAAUUAACUUGCUGACAUUCGGAUGUAUAUUUGUGAAUGUUCAGAUGUAAAUGUAUGUAUGUAUAUGUACGAAAUGAAUAUAUCUCACAAGCCAGACUAGAAGCUACUACAUUUCGAAUGUGGUUUGACAUGUUAUAACAAAAACACUAAAUAAUCGCUUUAUAAGUUCAUAAGGCUCAAAAAUU